UAUCCACAAUGGCUGCGCCCUUUAAAAAGUCGCGGGUGAAUGAUUCUAAAUGCAUUUCAGCGCUUUAACCCGAAACGAGUAGUGAGCCAGGUAGUUGUACACGUAGCACAGAGACAAACCGUGUAGAAGAAAAACUUAGCCGAAAAGAACAGCCAUGCUGCGAAUUUCGACAUCGUAUUUCUGUUUUUUUGUGGUACUUGGCUUUUUGACUAGCAACAUUGCAUCUGAGAUUCCAGGGCAUUUGCAGUAUUUAGGUUCCCAUCGUCCAGCAGAAGGCACAAUUGAACACACGGACACAUGGCCUGACCCAGAAACGUUUUACAACAACUACAUCAAACCUGGAAAACCAUUGUUGUUUAAGGGGAAGGCCAAAGAAAUACCAGCGUUUAACUUGUGGACCGAUGAAUAUCUUAGGAAACAGUAUGGACACAUUAAAGUGGAUGUAGAAGAAGGAAAGAAAGAAAACCGAUCCCUAGGUGUGCAAGAUUUGUCACUGUCAUCUUUCGUCAAAGUCUAUCGAAAAGCUGACAUCUACAUGGUUGAGAGUUUGCACAAAGAAAUGAUGGAUGAGUUCCACCUUCCCAAGCCUAUCCUGUGUGGAGGGUACACUAGGUUUCUGCAGGAUGCUGUGAUCUGGUUCAGCAGUGGAGGAACAAAGUCGGUGCUGCAUUUUGACAAUAUUGACAAUAUUAACUGUCUCAUGGAUGGAUCCAAGGAAUUAAUAUUCAUUGAUAAGAAAUAUAAAGACUUAGUAGAAAAAGAUGGUUUCGUUGAAAAAGGAAGUUACAGCUCAGUAGAUAUUGAAAAAGUAGACAUGGAAAAAUUUCCAGGGUUCAGAAAUGUUCCCUGGUGGACAGCUAGUAUGGAGAAGGGAGACUGUCUAUUUAUACCUUCUAGGUGGUACCAUCAUGUUUCCUCUGCUGGACCCCGUAAUCUUGCCAUUAACAUCUGGUUCUCCCAUCUUCCUAAGUUCAAUCAGACGGACUGCAAAGAGAAGGGGGAGCUUCCAGAAUCUCUUCCUCUCAACAAAUUCACAAUUCAUUCACUGGACUCCAGUGAGAUGAGCAGAAUGUCAUUUGUGGAGAUGUUUUCACCCUUUGAAGACAAAGAGGAAAUAAGUGUAGAAGAAUACAUAGCAACCAUGAAAAAAGUAUAUCAGAACUACAUUGAUCAUCAAGAAGUUAUGGAGAUAUUUGGUUUUCUGGAUCUUAAUCAUGACAUGGUUCUCCAGUGGGAUGAGCUGCUGACUUUUAAUAUUGAUGACUUCAUUAAAGAAUUUCCCUUUGUUUUUGGAGAAGAUGAUGGAGAUAUGGAAGAAGAACCAAAAGAUUUUGGAAAACAUGAGGAAUUGUAGAUUUUAUAUCUGAUGAGAUUAUCAUGUUAGACAAGUUAACAUUUUUUUUUUAUGUACAUUGGUAAAAUGUUCAUUAAGUCUCUAUUUUUGUAUGAUUUAAUUUGUGGAUAUCAUGAAAACCCAGUGUUCAUAUUAUUAGGUUCAUACUGACUUUAGACUUAAAAGAAUAUUUAACCAGUAUAUUUUCCUUCAAUUUGGAACAUUGUUAAUUGUAUAAAAUAUUUUUGGUCCUUUCUUUCAUAUUAUUCAAUUCUUUUGUAUCAGUGAUAUUUUACUGCAGCUGAAGUUAUUUAACGUGUUAAUAAUUACAGAUAAUUAAGCAAACUUUCUUUGAGAUAGAGAACCUGUUCUUAUAGUUUAUGUUAAAGUUUUUAUUGAAUAUUAAUGGUAAAUUUGAACCAUAUGAAUGUUUAGCUUGAUACAUUAUUCAGAUAGAGGAUUAAGUGGACAAGAAAUGUAGAGUUUAAUUAAUCUGAGAGAAUCUUUUUCACAAUAUAUCAUUUUUUCAUCUAAAAACACCACAAGUGUUAAUGUUUUAUAAUAUAUAUUGAAAUAUUUGUGCAAUAUUGUUAUUACAGUAAAAAAAGCCUGAUUUGCUACAAUGUUUUAACAUAUUAACAAAGAUUUUAUUUUGAUAGAGAAUGUGAUAAAGUUGUUAUUACACCUGCAGGUGUAAAGUUAUGUAAGCAAGUGUUUGUAUUUAUUAUUAGUUGUUGGUGAACAACGAGACCAUUUUUGAACAUUCAAGACUGGUUGGGUAGGCAUUUUUUUAUUAAGAAUGAUUGUGGUAAAUAAAAAGAAUUAUUUAACAAAAGAAAAAUGAAAAAAAGGAAGUUAUCAAACUGCUUUUGACAGAAUAUAUUAAUUGGGAAAUGGGUUUUUAUUUGUGAGGAUAAAAUGGUGCAUAACUGCAAUUUAUGUUGUUAUUCAGAAAAUAAAAUCCAUAAGAAAAUACA